AUGGAUCGCUUGCCCGUUGAAUUGUUGAAACGUAUUUUUCUCUUCAUUGAUCAAUUAUCAGAUCUCAUUCGAACUUCACUUGUUUGUCAACAGUGGCGAUCAUUGAUCGUAGAUGACGAACAUUUUCUCAACAAAUGGUUUCAUCUAUCAUUGAAGUUUUCUCAGCAAUCACCUCGCAGUCAUUUAACAACCAAUGAUGGUGAUCGUCGACAAGGACUAAUUCUUAACCCCGAUCGAUCUCUUUUCCUUCCGAAUUUACAAUCAAGUGAAUGUUAUCUUUUACAAUUGAUGGAUCUGUUUGAUCCUGAUGAUAAUGAAUAUUUCUUUGAACAACAAUAUCCAUCAUUACUUUUUAAUGGAUCUCAUUCAUUUUCACUUUGGUUCUUCUUACCUCAUCAAGGUGAAUUGGCUAUACAAAUUGGCACUGCUAGUAUUCUAGACUUGCAUCAUUGUAGCCAUGAUGGACAUGAUGGUCAUCGAUGGAGAACUGGUAAUAGUGGUAAAAUAAUAAUGGAUGAUCGAUGGAUACAUAUUGUCAUAGGUAUUAGCGAAUCACAAAGCUUCUAUCGUAUAUGGUUGAAUGGACAAGACUUCAAGACGUUUAAUCUUCAUUAUACAUACAAUAAACAUACCAAUAGAAUCUGCUCUACGAGUGCAAUUACGCUCACAUGCAAGCGCUUCGAGCGUUCAAUACAAUCACCGAUCUAUGCUCGUAUUGCUGAUCUUGUUGCUUUCAAACGAUGUUUAUCAACAAUAGAAAUUCGAGCUAUUUAUGAGCAACAAAAAUGUAUUAGUCAAGUUCAAGUCGGUACUUUUAUGAGAAAUGAACGAGAGAGAAAACAAAAUUCAAUCUCAUCAUAA